AUGGAGAGGAAAAAGUCACGCUCGUCAUCAUGGUCGCGUAUUUUACCAUGCUUAGUUACAAUGAUCGUGUCUGUAGGCCUAGUAAAUGCACAAUGCGACAAUUGUCGCAUUGUGGGGAAUGUUGCUAACUGCCUAGAAGCUAGGCGGAAUUGUGUCUGGAUACAUACAGAUCGUGUGACUGAAGUGUACGUUCGAAGAUGCGACGUCGAGGUCGUAUUUUCCCCGCCAUUGCUACAUGUACCAUUGCCCAAUAUAAGAACAGCAUACCACAGAUGUGCAAUCAAUAAAGAAACAACUACCAAAUUGAGAACUACCAUGGGAUUGGGAACAACAACUGAGGAACUCAUCACUACCAAAAGUCCGACCAUGAAAACAGAAUCGACAACUAAGGCGAGACUUGUAACACUAACUACCAAAAGUCCGACCAUGAGAACAGCAUCGACAACUAAGGCGAGACUUGUAACACUAACUACCAAAAGUCCGACCAUGAGAACAGCAUCGACAACUAAGGCGAGACAUGUAACACUAACUACCAAAAGUCCGACCAUGAGAACAGCAUCGACAACUAAGGCGAGACUUGUAACACUAACUACCAAAAGUCCGACCAUGAGAACAGCAUCGACAACUAAGGCGAGACUUGUAACAUUAACUACCAAAAGUCCGACCAUGAAAACAGCAUCGACAACUAAGGCGAGACUUGUAACACUUACUACAGCAGAUACCAAAAGUCCGACCAUUUCAGCAUCGACAACUAAGGCGAGACUUGAGGCACAGUUAAUCUCUCUAGCCAGGUCCUCCGCCCAGCAGGAGGGAGCAGAUGGUGGACGAUACGCUGAACAAUAA